AUGCCCCAACUCAACCCCGCACCCUGGCUUGCCAUCCUAGUCUUCUCAUGAUUAGUAUUCCUAAUCAUUAUCCCUCCAAAAGUUAUAGCCCACUCAUUCCCAAAUGAACCAACACCCCAAAGCACAGAAAAACCUAAAGGGGAACCUUGAAACUGACCAUGACACUAA